AUGAAUAAAAUUAAAUUAGUGAUACGUUGGGGAAUUUUUUUAUGUACGAUAUUCUUUCAAGAUGUUAAAUGUGACGAAGAAGAUGGUCCUUAUCGUGGUAAAUAUUUGGGUAAAUUAAAUUCAUAUCAUCAUCAAGUUUCCGGUGAAGUUUAUGCCGUUGAUGAUUACACACUUUUAUUAAUACAAUUCAGUUAUGAUGGUAACGGUGCUGAUACCUUUUUUUGGGCCGGAGCAUCGAAUAGACCAGGUCCUCAGGGUUUUAUUGUACCUGACGAAUAUGGAAAAACGAACGUUCUAGAAAGAUAUUUCAACAAAGAUUUAACGAUAACACUUCCGGACAACAAAAAGAUAACCGAGAUAAAAUGGUUUGCGAUAUACGAUCUUUCUAGUCAAAACGCUUUCGGUGACGUUUACAUUCCUGAAGAAUUCGAACCUCCAGCAUUGCAAAAAAUUUCACAAUUAUCUUCUAAAUCCCACGGUGUGAAAUCAUCAUCUUUUGAAGUUAUCGAUUCGAAAACUGUUAAAUUAACAGAAUUUUAUUAUAACGGAAAAGCUUCUCAAGCUUAUUUUUGGGUUGGUGUCGGUCCCCAACCAUCGUCAAAAGGUUUUAAAGUUCCAGACGAAUACGGAUAUUUGAAUCCUUUGAGAGCUUAUAAGGAAGAAGAUGUUACACUCGAACUUCCAGGUGAUCUCACUAUAUUCGAUAUUGAUUGGUUUAGCAUAUUUGAUUUAGAAAAUAAUGAAAAUUUUGGGUCUGUUAUCAUACCCGAUGGUUUAAACGUUCCUCCAUCAUUGGUCCAGAUCAUUGAGCAUAAAACGAGUUUGCCAAAUUGUUAUCAACUUCAUAAAAAUUACAGAGUUAGUUGGGAAAUUUUCGGACCGCAAAUCACCAUUCAAUUAGCAGCACAAAUCGGUGAAAAUGAUUACAUGGCUUUUGGUCUUAGUGGUUCAUCGGAAAAAAGUCAAAUGAUGGGUGCAGAUGUUGCUGUUGCCUACAUUGAUUCAUUUAGAGGUUACGCCACUGAUUACAACAUAACCGGUUUGGCACCUUGUUCUCGAGUUCUCGGACAGUAUAAGGGUGUGUGCAGGGACGAUAUGGUCGGAGGUAUCGACAAUAAUCAACUUUACACAUUCAGCAGAGAAAAUGGGAUUAACAUUGUGACGUAUAGAAGAACGUUAAUAUCUUCUGAUUCUGGAGAUAAAUCUUAUCCUACUGAUGGUCCAGCAUAUGUGGUUUGGGCAUUCGGUCAAUUGGAUCAUAAUAAGGAACCCUCGUUUCACGAUUAUUAUCUAAAAUCAGAUUUAAAAUUAGAAUUGAAUAAAAAAGAACCGGAAAACAAUUGUUUUUCCUUUACUCGUUCGCGAGAACAAUACAGAGAACCGUGGGAUAAAAAUGAAAUAUUUGAUAGGAGCAUAAGAGUUUUCACAGCCACGGUUGGUCCUCCUGGAGGAAAAAGAGGUUACCAGGGAUUAACGGGUAUGACGUCGAACGCUUUGGCAUGGUACAUAAAUGGAAAAUUAAUACCUGAAUUAUGGAUGAGAAGAGGAUUGACGUAUUCAUUUAAAGUUUACGGAGGGAAUAAUCCUCAUUCGGCCGAAACUUAUCAUCCGUUGAUAAUAACAACGGAACCACACGGAGGACUCGAAACACUUUCGGAAGCUGCACAAAGACAAAUAAGAGUUCUGGCUGGUGUGGAAUUUACAAGAAGAGGACAACCUCGACCAACAGCCGCUGGACCACUUUGUAUUUCAAAACAUAAUAAAAGAGACAGAAGACUGGAUGAUGAUUUUGAAACUUUUAAGAAAUUUAAUAGGUCCUUAGUGUUCACCUGUGAAAAAGGUGAUCCAGCAAUUUUAGAAAUUACACCAAAUUCUUCUUGGCCUGAUGUUGUUUAUUAUAACAGUUUCACUCAUUCGAACAUGGGUUGGAAAAUUCAUAUUGUCGAUAAUUACAACGUUAGAGAUUCAGGCUCUAUAAAAUAUAGCUUUACAUUUACUUAUAUAAUUACCUUGUUAGCUAUUUUAUUACGUGUAAGAUGA